UUUAUUUUGAUGUGACAUUUGUCUCUAAGUGUCCUGUGAAUGAAGCGUGUUUCAGCCUCUGCAGGUAUGAUUUCUGGCUCUUUUUACGCGUUAUUAGCGGGGUUUAUGGGAGCUACAGCCUCUUUGUGCGCCAAACUAUCCCUCGGUGCGGAUUAUCUGAAAGAGAUAUGUGAGUCUGGGCUGAAAAACGGCGACGACUGGAGAGAAACAGGCGGAGGAAAGUCCACCUGUGACUGGCUCCACCUCCCUCUCCGUCUGCUUUGUGGAGCUCUGCUGUUCGCCUGUAAUGCCGUCAUGUGGACGUUCUUCUCCAAAGCUCUGAGACACUGUUCCUCCUCAGCCAGAGCCACCGUCACCACCACAGCGUCCAACUUCAUCUCCUCUGCCGUCUUUGGCAGACUCAUGUUUGGGGAGCUUCAUGCCGCUCUGUGGUGGGUGGGCAUCUCUCUCACUCUGUGUGGGCUGCUGCUGCUUCAUGGAUCCACGCCUCAAACUCAGCCACUAGAGGGCGACAAAAAGGACAAUUGACAUCUGUUACCUGGUGGAAGAUUUCCUCAAACCAUGGACGCUCUGGAGUUUUGAAGACACUUUGGUAACUCAGUCUUACUGUUAAGUGCAAUUCACAGAUGAUUAUUCAGCACCAGCAGCUGAACAGAGCAGUCUGAAACUAAAAACUAAAUGCACUUUGUUUUUUGAGAUCUCCUUCAUUCUGUUUUCCUUCAGUCCGAGUGAAUCUGAAGCCUUUAGAACUGAACACGUUUCCUAAAUGAAAACUGAAUCCACAUACAAACAGGAGACGCUGUUGUGUUUAUUUUUGGAUGAUGAACAAAACGGUUCUCAUGCCAACAGUCUGCCACGUCAUGGUUACACAACCCACUGGAGCGUGAUUGUGUGAGUGAAAAGCAAGAAUAACACAAGGUUAUUUAUGUAAUUUAUUGUUCCUGAAUGACAGGAACUUAUCUUUGAGACUCGAUGAGGAAACUUUUCCGUGGAAGUUUGUGGCUGAUUUUAAUGUUACGUCUACCAGUGCUGUAGUAUUCGAGACCGGACUCGAGACCAGUUUCUGCUUUCUGGGUCUGGUCUUGGACUUGACCCUUCAAGGACUCGGUCUUGACUUGGUCUUGGACCCCAGUGGGAGGAGAAGGACUCGUAAUUUCAGAGCGAGUCCUCGAGACCAACAGAUUUUUUUACAUUCAUGUUUGCAACAAAAAAAAAAAUCCAAAUAUCCAUCAUUACAAAUAAAUUUUGAUAAUAAAAAAAAAACAUAUGGAAUGUUGACGGGCAUUAUUUGAAAAGUACGUGCCAUGAUGCAAUGCAAAGAUUCUGUGUUCAGUGAGUGUCAGUGACUUCAGCUGCUGAGACAAGAUGAGUGACGGGUCAAAACGGACUUGGUUUCAUGGUGGCAGCCUCGUCCCCAUCACUGUCUACAUUUACU